GCUGGGCGGGUCUCAGCGCUGGUAUAUAAAGGCUGGGCAGGGAGCAGCGCUCAUGCAGCAUCUAGUCUGGAGUUGUGGAGGAGACAGCUUCACGGAUCCACCAUGGCUUCUAAUGACCCCAGUGCUGCUUCCCCAAAGGAUGAGGAGCAGGAGAACAUAGCAAACCGGGUGGCCAACCUGCCCUUCGUCAGCUCUGCCUAUGACAUGGUCUCCACGGCCUACACCUCCACCAAAGAGAGCUACCCCUAUGUCAAAUCUGUCUGUGAUGUGGCAGAGAAAGGCAUGAAGACCAUGGCCGCAGCUGCGGUCAGUGGCGCCCAGCCGAUCCUGAGCAAACUUGAGCCGCAGAUCUCCUCAGCAAAUGAGUAUGCAUGCAGGGGGCUGGACAAGCUGGAAGAGAAGCUGCCAAUCCUUCAACAGCCAACAGACAAGAUUAUCUCCAAUACCAAAGACCUGGUGACAGCCACGGUGACUGGGGCAAAAGAUGCCGUGAGCAACACCAUGACCGGGAUGGUGGAUAUGACCAAAGGGGCUGUCCAGGGGAGUGUGGAGCUGACCAGAUCAGCAGUGACCAGUGGUGUGAACACAGUCAUGGGCUCAGCAGUGGGCCAGAUGGUGGUGAGCGGCAUGGGUGCUGUGCUGGGCAAGUCAGAGGAGCUGGUGGAUCACUACCUUCCUAUGACUGAUGAGGAACUAGCUAAACUGGCCACCUCUGUGGAAGGCUUCGAAAUGGCGUCUGUGGAGCAGCAGAAGCAGCAGCAGAGUUACUUCGUGCGCCUGGGCUCCCUGUCCACCAAGCUCCGCCACCGAGCCUACCAGCACUCCCUGGGCAAGCUGAGGCAUGCCCGGCAGAGCACCCAAGAGGCUCUGUCCCAGCUCCACCAAACCAUAGAACUGAUUGAGCAUGCCAAGCAGGGCGUUGAUCAGAAGCUCCGUGAUGGCCAGGAGAAGCUGCACCAGAUGUGGUUGGAGUGGAGCCAAAAGCAGCCAAGUCCGAGUAAGGAGAUGGGCUCGGUGCAGCCAGAGCAGGUAGAGGAGCAGGCGCUGGUCAUGUCCCGCAGCCUCACCCAGCAACUUCAGACCACAUGCCUGACUCUGGUGUCCAGUCUGCAAGGCCUCCCUGCUGACCUCCAGGACAAGGCACAGCUGGUUCGUCACCAUGUCGACGAACUACGUGCUUCAUUCUCCGCUGCUGGCUCCUUCCAUGACUUGACUGGCAGCGUCUUGGCCCAGAGCCGUGAACGAGUGACCAAGGCCCGCAAGCUGGUGGAUGAGCUGAUGGAUCAUGUGGUGCAUAAUGUCCCCCUUUCUUGGCUAGUGGGACCCUUUGCCCCGUCAGGCAAGCAGCAGGAGGAAGUGGAGAUGGAGCAGUGUCCUGCAGAUUGAGGACUCAGAAGAGGCUCUCCUAAGCAUAGAGCUUCAUUUGGGGCAGGGAGGGGUUAUUAACUCAUGCCACUUGUCACAUCUAGCCUGGCUCUGUAUCUAGAUAGCAGCACUUGGUGUUCUGAUACAAGUGCCUCAAGCCUGGCAGCCAUCUUGCCUUGCUUAGGUUUGUUCUAUUGCACUAAACACUUAGGAUAAGUUUCUCCUCCCUGCAUCUCACAGGUGUGGCUGUCUCCCAAACCUGCCUGUAGGCUGGGUCAGAGGCUUACCAGCAAAACUGACUCCCUUUGACUAGUCAAGUCACCCCCCCCCCCAUGGGAUCCAAGGCCCAGCUUUCAAGCAAUGGUCAGGUUAAGUGUUCUACAAGCUGCUCCAGCCUUGAGGAGAGAGCAGCAGUCACUAAGUGCCACCAACAAACCACUAAUCCAAGUCAAGCUGACUAGUUUAGGGUCUCUCCACUCAAGCAAGGAAAUUGUUUUUGCUAAGAGAUCAGUGCUCUAAGAGGGUGCCCAGGACUGCUGCUCUUUCUGGACUAGAAUAAUGGAUCAUGUAGGAUUCCCUCCUGGCCCUGGCUCCUGUAUCGGGUAAGAACAUGUUGCUCACAAUAAAGCUGUACUUGCAUUGAAA